AUGAAUGCUGAUACUGCAAUACCGUUUAUAUCUACCCAACGUCGAUUCGAUUACUCAGGUCUGCAUCCACGAGUAAGAGAAACUCUCAACACACAUCCAACUGGACAAUCAAAAUUGUUGAAUGCGUAUAAUCCAAAUGAUAAUCUUUCAUGCUCAAAAUAUGAACAACUAAGUCUCUAUGAUCGACAAUUAAAUACAGCUCUCUUCAAACGUUUGCAUGCCACAAACUUUACAUUAAUACCGAAAACGUUGGUUAAACAGUUGGGACCAGGUUCAUAUAAUCCACUGACUAUUGAUGAAAUAUAUCAGAAGAAAACGUGUAGAAAGUUUGGUCCGUAUUAUCAACGAUCAAAUCGAUUUCCAUCUACAUACAAGAACACAAUAAGUCCAUCGUGUAUCCGACAAGCAUUAUUUUACAAUAUCAACAAUCGUGGUAGGUCAAAUAUGGAGCAGCUUGAACGUAAGAAAAGAUUGAAACAAGCCGGAGAAAAAAAGUUGUUCGAGCGACGGUUUAACAGUGUUCGUCUCGAUUUACAAAAUAAAAAUGGGUGUUAUGAGCGACAAGCGUUAAUGAUACGUGCUCCACCAGUGACGUUGUAUGAAAAAUCCAGUUUUAUCGAUGAAGUAUGUAAACAAACAGGAAUUUACGGUCCGUUUGUUCAGUUCGCCAAUGAACGAGAUAAACCGAUUCCAACUGGACGAUUUGCAUCGAAACGUGAUUUCAGAGGACCAGGCAAGCAAAGUUUAAGUUUGAAUAUAUUAGAUGAUUUAUUUUCAAAACAUAACAAGCACAAAGGUGCCUUUCUACCUAAACGUCAAAAUGAGUCCAAUAUUAUACCGGGGUUCUUAUCACCGCAAGCUCAACUGAUCUGUCGAGGGCCGACAGUCUACCAUAACGACGGUUUAUCGGAUCAACGUAUUUGUUGUUCUCGUUUACGUACCCUCAACAGUCAAAAACAAGCACAAACACCUGGAGUUGAAUCACAAGAUGGUGGUGACCGAAAAGCAAGCCGGCUGAAAAACGCUGUGAAUAUAGACAAUGAAUCAAAACAAAUCGGUUUUCUAUCAUCUACAGAACGUUUUCGAAAAGCGAAAAAUUUAUUAAAACCUGGACCGUCUACAUAUUCGCCAGAAAGAUGUAUUCGACCGUGCAGUAAUAAAAAGUUUGUCCGAGAUGAGUUUUUAAAUCAACAAAAACCUUUAACAAUAGCAGUCUAA